AUGCUGCCGAAUGGCACCCCGGCGCACUUUUUCGUGCCGCCGGAGCAGGCCGCGCGGCCCAUGCGCGCAGUCCGCGGCGCCGCACCUCCGCCUGCGCCUUGGCCGCCGUCCGAGCCCAUGCCGCCCUGCGGGCUGCCCGCGGCGGGGGCGCGCGGCCUCGCGCGGCUGGCGGUGCCGGGGCGGCUGCCGGGCGUGGAGGGCGUGCUGUGGGUGCCCGUGCCCCGGCUCGCGCCGGCGCCGGGCGUGAAUGUCCUGCGGGGCAGACGUGACGAGGAGACGGGGGCGUUCAUCCUGGAGGCAGGGCCUGUGAGGCUCAAGGCGGUGGUCAGGGAGGUCACCCUGUGGGAAGAGCUGCGCACGCCCCUGGAAAGCGCCUCGCCGCGGCGGCGGCGGCGGUCCGUCGAGGCGCCCGGCGGCGCGGGCGGCGUCGGCGGCGGCAAGCUGGGAACGGCGCGGGCGGCCGCGGUGGCGGGCAAGGCGGCGCCGCCGCAAGCGCCGGCGGCGGCCACACGGCGGCCUCUCAGUGCGGCUCCUGCGAAGAAGCGGUAA